CUCGGCACCCAUCCCGCACACUUGUGCUGUCGUUCAGCGCCAGGCCCCGCCCCGGCCACGUGCAGUCACUCACUGCCCACUACCCGCGCACUUGUGCUGUCACUCAACCGGGUUCCGUCCGAGCAGGAGGUGCAGCUCCGCCCGGGGCCGGACACUCUUCCCGUAGCCCUGCCGCGGUCCAUGGACGUCGUGCUCUUCCUCGCCCUCGGGCUGCUGGCCCAGAGCCUGGGCCUCUCACUAGGGGUCCUGGGGCUGAGGAGGCCCAGCACCCUGUUCCCUUGGCGCCGGGCUCCCACGCCGGGCCGUGUGCGGAGAGCCUGGGUCAUCCCCCCCAUCAGUGUGUCGGAGAACCACAAGCGCCUUCCUUACCCGCUGGUGCAGAUCAAGUCGGACAAGCAGCAGCUGGGCAGUGUCAUCUACAGCAUCCAGGGGCCCGGUGUGGACGAGGAGCCUCGAGACGUGUUCUCCAUUGACAAGUUCACAGGGAAGGUGUUCCUGAAUGCCGUGCUGGAUCGGGAGAAGACAGACCGCUUCCGGCUGCGCGCCUUCGCUCUGGACCUGGGAGGAUCCACCCUGGAGGAGCCCACGGACCUGGAGAUCGUGGUUGUGGAUCAGAAUGACAACAGGCCUGUCUUCCAGCAGGAGGUGUUUGCUGGCCGAGUCCUGGAGGGUGCCAUCCCAGGCACUUAUGUGACCACGGCUGAGGCCACGGAUGCUGACGACCCAGAAACAGACAAUGCGGCCCUGCGGUACUCCAUCCUGGAGCAGGGCAGCCCCCAGCUCUUCAGCAUCGACGAGCACACAGGGGAGAUACGAACGGUGCAAGUAGGCCUGGAUCGAGAGGUGGUCGCCGUGUACAAUCUGACCCUGCAGGUGGCAGACAUGUCUGGAGAUGGCCUGACCGCCACCGCCUCAGCCAUCAUCACUGUUGAGGAUAUCAAUGACAAUGCCCCUGGGUUCACCAGGGAUGAGUUCUUCAUGGAAGCCACAGAGGCCGUCAGCGGAGUUGACGUGGGGCGGCUUGAGGUGGAGGACGGGGACCUGCCAGGCUCACCCAACUGGGUGGCCAGGUUCACCAUCCUGGAGGGCGACCCCAAUGGACAGUUUGCUAUCCGCACAGACCCCAAGACCAACGAGGGCGUGCUAUCUGUGGUGAAGCCUCUGGACUAUGAGAAUUGUGACCAGUAUGACCUCAGAGUUGUGGUGCGGAACGAGGCCCCCCUGCAGGCGGUGGCCUCCAGGCCCGAGCGGGGCCAGGCCAGGGUCAGAGUGCAAGUGCAGGACGUGAACGAGGCGCCCGUGUUCCAGGAGAACCCACUGCGGACCAGCCUGGCCGAGGGGGCAGCCCCAGGAACUCCUGUGGCCGCUUUUUCUGCCCAAGACCCUGACACGCAGCAGCUGCAGAGGCUCAGCUACUCCAAGGAUUAUGACCCUGAGGACUGGCUGCAAGUAGAUGGAGCCACGGGCUGGGUCCAGACCCGGCGUGUGCUCAGCCCGGCGUCCCCCUUCCUGAAGGAUGGCUGGUACAGGGCCAUCAUCCUGGCCCACGACGAUGCCUCCCCGCCCUGCACAGCCACUGGGACCCUGUCCAUUGAGAUCCUGGAGGUCAACGAUCAUGCCCCUGAGCUGUCCCCACCUUCUGGAAGCCUGUGCAGCAAGCCAGACCAAGGCUCUGGCCUUCUCCUCAGUGCCACAGAUGAGGACCUGCCACCCCAUGGGGCCCCCUUCCACUUCCAGCUGAGCCCCAGGUUUCCAGAGCUGGCCCGGAACUGGAGCCUCAGCCAGAUUAACAUGAGCCAUGCGCGCCUGCGGCUACGUCACCAGGUCCAGGAGGGGCUGCACCGCCUCAGCCUGCUGCUCCAAGACUCAGGGCAGCCUCCCCAGCAGCGCGAGCAGCCCCUGAACGUGACUGUGUGCCGCUGCAGCCGGGACGGCACCUGCCUGCCAGGGGCUGCUGCCCUGAGGACUGGGGGCGCGGGCAUCAGCCUGAGUGCUCUGGUCAUCGUGCUGGCCAGUGUCAUCCUGCUGCUCCUGCUCGCCCUGCCCGUGGCCCUCCUUGCACGGUUCCAGCAGCAGUCGUGGGACAAGGGGCUUCUGCAGGGGCUGCAGGACGAUCUCAGAGAUAACAUCCUCAACUAUGAUGAGCAAGGGGGCGGGGAGGAGGACCAGGAUGCCUACGACAUCAGCCAGCUGCGCCACCCAACAGAGGUGGCAACCCUGAGCACCCCUCUGGGACGGCCACCACUGCGCCGGGACACUCCAUUCGGCCGGGCACGGCCCCCACCACCCCGCGUGCUGCCCGCCAGCCCUGCUGACAUCGCAGACUUCAUCAACGAUGGCCUAGAGGCUGCGGACAGUGACCUCAGCGUCCCACCCUACGACACAGCUCUCAUCUAUGACUACGAAGGGGAUGGGUCUGUGGCAGGGACACUGAGCUCCAUCCUGUCCAGCCUGGGUGAUGAGGACCAAGACUACAGCUGCCUCCAGGACUGGGGCCCCCGCUUCGCACAGCUGGCUGACUUGUAUGGCACCCCCAGAGGGCCUGAAUGAGGGCAGGAUGCAGUGGCCACUCAGGACAGAGAAAGGAGCUUUCUGAUGAGGACUUGUACCCACCCUGCUGAGGGUACAACCACCUGGACACGUAGGGUGGGCAUCCUUACCAAGAUGGACAGCCUGACUACAGGAGCACAACUAGACAUGCCGACGGUUUGUCACGUGACCGGGAAGAUCGGCAGAAGCAGCCACCUGGCUCCAUGCCUGGGGACCUUGGGCAGCCUACUUCUCCCAGGGGAGGAUGGAGUCCAUGGGGCAGAGCCCAAAGCCUGGAGUGGAGCUGCAGGGAGGAGGCACCCUUCCCAUCCUGAAGGCCCGAUAGCCCUGUUCCAAGUCACCUGCAAGGUGGGGGGCGGGGGGAGUCGGCCACCCCCAUUCUCAGGUCUGUCUCCCCCCAUGCAGAUCUCAUCUUUGUAUAAAAGGAAGCAGCUCUCCAGCAAAUGUGAAUUGAAAAUGUGCUGUCUUGCCACAGUGACCUAUAGGGCCUCACCCCACCCCAGCCCCACCAAGGC